AUAUGCAAGAAAGCAAACAAAGAUGACCAUAAAAUCGUCUCUUCAAUGUCCCUUUCUGUCCGCAUCUCUUUAACCCUUAUAUGUAGACGAAGUCCUAAGAACAGCCUUCCUAUGAAGUAAAAAAAUCGAGCACCUCUCUCUCUCUCUCUCUCUCUCUCUCUCUCUCUCUCUCUCUCUCUCUAUGUGCGCUACAAAAAUGGUUGCAUCGGACGUGAAGAGCCCCGUGCACAGCGUGAAGCUGUCGUCGAUGGUGCCGCCUAAGGUGACGGGUAACAACACGGAGCAUAAGCUGAGAAGCAUGGACCUGGCGAUGAAGCUCCACUACCUCAGGGGGCUCUACUUCUUCAGGAGCGACGCCGUCCAGGGGCUCACCAUCUUCGACCUCAAGAAGGCCAUGGGCCAGACGCAGGAGCUCUACCCCUCAGCGUCCGGCAGGAUCAGGUGGUCCGAGAGUGAGAGGCCCGUCAUCAAGUGCAACGACAGCGGGGUCCGCAUCGUCGAGGCCCGGUGCGAUCGGUCGCUCGACGAGUGGCUAGUGGCGACCAAGGAGGAGGAUGGUGGCUGGGAGCUCCAGGACUUGCUGGUCCAUUCUCAGGUUCUUGGCCCCGAUCUUGGCUUCUCUCCCCUGAUUUACGUUCAGUUCACUUGGUUCGCAUGCGGAGGAAUCUGUGUGAGUCUGGGCUGGGCUCAUGUCCUCGGAGAUGCAUUCGCAGCUUCCUCCUUCAUCAACAUGUUCGGCACUAUCAUGGCCGGUCAUGCGCCGCCCAAGUCCCUCCAUGCGCCAAUUCCCGAAAGGCCCAAAUUCCCUGCUGAGUCGAGGCUCGACACGGCGCCAUCGACCGUUAAAAGGGUCGACCCGGUUGGGGACUGCUGGUUAGUCAUCAAUAGCUGUAACAUGGAAACCUACUCCAUUCAUGUCACCUCGCAACAACUCAAUCACAUCACGGGCAAAUACGGACUGCUUGGUGAAUCUAAAACAUCGCAUUUCGAACUACUGUCCGCUUUGAUUUGGAAAUCCUUGUCAAAGAUAAGGGGAGACGGUGGGCCGAAGGUUGUAACCGUGUGUGAGAACAAUGUCCGUAGAGAACUGAAUCCAUUACCCUCAAAUGGCAUGGAUUUGAGCAGGGCCGAAGUGAAUUUCUCAGCGGCAGAAGCGGAAGUAUCUGAUCUCGCGAGGCAGAUCACCGAGGCGGUGAAUGAGAAUGGCUUGAUUGAAGAAAUGGUGGGGAGAGAUGAUGGGAAGCUGGACUUCAUUGCAUAUGGGGCAAACUUGACAUUUGUGAAUCUAGAGGGUGCAGAUGUAUAUGGGCUAGAGUUGAAGGGCCAGAAGCCAAUUUUUGCAAGUUACGCGAUGAGUGGGGUUGGAGAUGAAGGGGUGGUGCUGAUCCUUCCAGGACCAGGAAAUGGGAAUGAGAAGAGUGGUGGGUUUGGAACGACAGUGACGAUGGUCCUACCCCAGGCUCAAAUGGCAGAGCUCAGGAAGGAGAUCAAUGAAACGUGGGGACUUUUGCCCUAAUGAUAUAGGGCGACAGCUUUUGAAACAAUACAGAGACUCGCUUUGCUGGCAACAACGUAUGACAAAAUUCAUCAUAGCGCAAAAAUAUAUAUGGAUUUGUGUUUUCCUAAAAAAGUUAUGAUGAAAGUUGACAUUUAUUCUCGAUGUCCCUUAGAAAGUGCCCUUAAGGAAAAUAAACAUGUAAUAGACCGUCUUAUAGUGGUAAUACAUCAAAUCGUGUGUGGCUCUAAUAUAAUUUUUGAGUCUAUCACUUGAUUAGCUAGCUUUCAAGAUGAGCCCUCCAAGGAAUUAGUGUUUGCACAAUUUGAUUUAUAUAUAGUGCCUGGUAAGUAGAUUUGUUUUUA